AUGAAGCAACCAGCAUCACCAGGUCAAGUGCAAUCACCACCCAUAGACGAGCAGCAGAAUCCGUUAAACCAACCUCAGCAGGAUCAAGUCAUGGUUCCAGUUUCUGCACCUGCUCAAGUGCAAUUGCAGCCAAUAGACGAGCAGCAGACUUUGGCAAACCAAUCACAACAGGAUCAGGAUCAAGUCAUGGUUCCAGUUUCUGCACCUGCUCAAGAAAAACCACCAGAACCAGCAUCACCAGGUCAACUGCAUUCACAACCGAUAGAUGAGGUGCAGACACCCAUAAACGAAUCACAGCAGGAUCAAGUCAUCGUUGACGUUCCUCCACUUACUCAAGGAAGAACACCACAACCAACAACAGGUGGUCAAGUGCCAUUACUACCAACAAUAGAUGAGAAUACUGAGGUGAACCAAUCACAGCAGGAUCAUGUCAUCGUUCACGUUCCUGCAGUUGCUCAAGAAAGACCACGAGAACUCAAUCUACCUCGUUCAGAUUUAUUUCCUCGCGGUGGAAGAAGAGAAGACUACAUUAAAGUUGGUAUUCCCUUAUAUGAAGCAUCUAUCAAAGGUGAUUGGAAAGCUGCUCAAAACAUUCUUGAGGAAAAUGGAGAGUUGUUACGGUGGAGUAUCACUGAAAACUGUGAAACAGCACUUCAUGUUGCAGCAUCAGCUAAGAAAACCAAAAAAAUGCAAGAUUUUGUGAAAAACUUGGUGAACAUGAUGACGAUAAAGGACCUGGAGCUUCAGAAUAGCAGUGGCAAUACUGCACUUUGUUUAGCAGCUGCAGCUGGAAAUGUUGAAAUGGCUAAAAUUUUGGUGGAAAAGAACCCGGCCUUGUUGACAAUCAUGGGUAGUCAAAAAAUGAUGCCACUCUAUAUGGCUGCCUUAUUUGGACACCGUGACAUGGUGGACUAUCUUUAUAGUCAAUCCAAGGAAUUGCGUGAUGAUGGCUGGGAUAAUCAGAAUCGUGGCUGGCUUCUUCUGAAAUGUGUGGAGGCCGAUCUGUUCGAUAUCGCAUUAAAGAUACUGGAAGACCGGCCGGAACUUACUAGUUAUGGGAGUGUACUUGGAGUAUUGGCCAAAAAGCCUGAUUCAUUUUCUGUUAAUAUGUCGAAUAUCUUCUGGAGAACCUUCAACAAAGUUUUUAGACGGGAUGGUUCCGAGGUGGUUCCCGAAAAGGACACUGAAGCAAUGCAAUUACUAAGAAUCAUUUGGGAGAAUAUUGCAAAAAAGCCUAAGAAAGAAAUUGAUGAAAUAAUCAGAGGUCCGGCUGAUGAAUCAAAGAAAGAGGACAGACUUCCUUAUGGAAAGGAAGAUCAAAAUCUCCACCUACUGAAACUCAUUUCUGACAAUGUUGCUAAAGUGCCUGUUGAAAUCCAGAGGUUAAAAGCAGAGUCAUCAGAAAGAACAACAAGGAAACCACCAAUGAUAAAUAAUGCUAAGAAAACAUACUCUUCACGCAUACUAUUUGUGGCUGCAGAAAUGGGCAAUACCAAGUUUAUAGUAGAGCUUAUCCGUAAAUAUCCUGAUUUAAUAUGGAAAGUUGAUGAUAGUGGCCUAAGUAUAUUUCACAUUGCUGUCAAGCAUCGGCAUGAGGGUAUAUACAACUUAUUGUAUGAGAUUGGGUCAAUGAAGGAUUUAAUAACUCCUCUCAAAGACGAAAAUGACAAUAACAUGCUGCAUUUAGUUGGGAAAAGUGCAAAGAAAAAACGUCUCCAAGAUGUGUCGGGAGUUGCAUUACAGAUGCAGCGAGAACUAUUAUGGUUCAAGGAAGUAGAAUCUAUGAUCCCACCUUCUUAUAGAGAACGGAAGAACAAAGAUGGUCUAACACCACAUGAAUUAUUCACCAAAGAACAUAAAGAUUUAGUUGCACAAGGAGAGAAGUGGAUGAAAGGAACAUCUAGUCAGUGUAUGGUGGUUGCAGCUCUUAUUGCUACUAUAGUUUUUGCUGCAGCCUUUACCGUACCCGGUGGAUACAUCCAAGACACUAAUAGCAAAGAAAACGGUAUCCCUGUCUUCCAUUCCAAAAUAACCUUCAUGGUGUUUGUAGUUACAGACGCGAUUUCGUUAUUCUCGUCUACAUCUUCUAUUCUUAUGUUCCUAUCUAUCCUAACAUCUCGUUAUGCGGAACGUGAUUUCUUACAAUCAUUACCCAAAAAGCUGAUGAUAGGUCUAGCCACUCUCUUUCUUUCUAUAACGACUAUGACAGUUGCUUUUAGUGUCAGCUUUUUCGUACUAUACAAUGACGGUUUGAUGUGGAUGCCAAUCGUUAUCAGCUUGUUUGCUGUGCUACCAGUCAUCCUGUUUGCUUGGCUGCAAUAUCCUCUUUUAGCUGAUGUAAUCCGGUCGACAUAUGGUUCUAGAUACCUCUUUAAACCCACAAGACUUGUUCUGUAUCCUGAAGAUCACAAGAUCGAACCAUUCCUAAAGUGUUUAUUUCACAACAUCAAACUAUUCCUAAAGAGUUUAUUUUCAUUUUCAAAUUCUAAGCAUUAGUUAUUCUCUAUGCCUAGCUUUCUAAGUCUUGUAAGACCGUGA